AUGAAGUCAGAAAGACACAGACUGGGAAUCGCCACGGUCUCGUUGGGUUGGCACUCGUCUCACACCCUCGAACGAAAACUGGAUGCCAUAUCCAAACAUGGGUAUGAAGGGGUUGAGAUCUAUCAUCCCGACCUGGUCACCUUUGCGGACCAACACUCCUUGACGCAUUUGGAGGCGGCUUCAAAAAUUGGCGCCAUAUGCAGAGAUAGAAACAUCUCGAUCAUAGCGUUGCAGCCACUGUUCAACUUUGCAGGUGUCCUCACACCCUUGAAAACUCGGCUUGAAUCUGCCCGGGAAUAUGUCUCUCUAGCUCGAGCUAUGGGCACAAAUAUGAUUCAAGUUCCAACGACGUAUGAAAUGAACUCGACCGGUGACGAGGAUGUUAUCGUGGCAGAGCUCAGCGCUCUGGCAGAUUUGGGAAGAGGGUCCUCAGAACCCGGCGAAGAGGAGAUCUUCUUCGCGUAUGAAGCACUGGCAUGGGGUGUUCACCAUGCACUGAUGGACGACGCGAUACGGAUCGUCAAGCGCGUGAAUCGACCCAAUUUUGGUCUCUGUCUCGACACUUAUCACGUUCUUGCCAGGGUCUGGGCAGACCCGCAUGCGGCGUCCGGGACGGGCACAGGUAUCGCUCCAGGAGGGCACGCGGCGCUCAAGGCAACACUCGACAGGUUUAUGGAGCAGUGUCCUGUGGAAAAGAUUUUUUACCUUCAGCUCAGCGAUGCUGAGAGACUGGAGCAGCCACUUAUCCCCGGUCAUCAGGCCUACAAAGCCGAGUGGGCCCAUUGGGAUGCCACUAUGCAUUGGUGCGUCUGGGGGAGAUUGUUUCCGUACGAGACCGAGUAUGGUGCCUACUUUCCAUUAGACGAUAUAUUGCGAGUUUGGCUGGUUGACAAAGGGUGGAAAGGCUGGGUGAGCAUGGAGAUGUUCCAUCGGGAUGAGGACAAGGAGUCUAUUGGCCCUGAAAUCCUCGCGGAAAGAGGAUAUAAGUCGUGGCUGAUGAUCAAAGAUCGCUUUGGUCUGGAGUGA